UGUGGAAAUUUCCGGGUUGCGUUGACGUCAUAUUUAUGCGUCUACAUGCUUGUGCGCCAGCGUUUACAUGCGGUUUAGCUGAAUCACCAAAUAUUUAUUUUUAAAACAUUCUUGAAUUGGUUUAUUUAACCAUGGAGAAGGGCAAACGACCAAACGUGUCCCUCAAUAAAAAAACAAGAAAGAAAAACCCAACCGACACUAUUGAUCCGGUGAAGAACUUCGAGCGAUGGAAGAAGAAAUACAACAAGACGAAAACACGAGUUAAACAAGAGAAAAGACAGAAAAGGAGACCUGAAUGGCAGGUGGAGAAAGAAGCUAUUCAAAGGCUUGUCAACAAAUAUAACGAGAUAAAUGCCAAGGAUGCUGAGAGGUUUUCAGAUUUCCCCAUCUCAAAGAAUACCCUGCGAGGUCUGAUGGAAGCACAGUAUCGUCAGCCCACAGAAAUACAGAGACAGACCAUUGGCUUUGCGUUGCAAGGUAAAGAUGUUCUGGGUGCUGCAAAGACGGGCUCUGGAAAAACACUGGCCUUUCUCAUUCCUGUUUUGGAGUGUUUGUAUCGUCAGCAGUGGACAGCCAUGGAUGGCCUGGGGGCCCUCAUCAUCUCCCCGACACGAGAGCUGGCCUAUCAGACCUUCGAAGUACUCCGUAAAGUGGGCAAGAACCACGAGUUCUCUGCCGGCCUCAUCAUUGGCGGAAAGGACCUGAAAAAUGAGUCUGAGAAGAUCCACCGCACCAACAUCAUCAUCUGCACGCCAGGACGCCUGCUCCAGCACAUGGACGAGACUGCUGCGUUCCAUGCCUCCGAUCUGCACAUGCUAGUUUUGGAUGAGGCGGAUCGUAUCCUGGACAUGGGUUUUGCCGACACUAUCAACGCCAUAGUGGAGAACCUCCCCAAGACCCGUCAGACACUGCUGUUCUCAGCCACACAGACCAAGUCAGUGAAAGACCUGGCCCGCCUCAGCCUCAAAGACCCAGAGUACGUCUGGGUGCACGAGAAGGCCAAGUUCAGCACGCCGGCCACGCUGGAGCAGAACUACGUGGUGUGUGAGCUGCACCAGAAAGUCAACAUGCUCUUCUCCUUCAUCAGGAGCCACCUGCAGAAGAAAGUCAUUGUCUUCUUUGCCUGUUGCAAAGAGGUGCAAUACCUGUUCCGGGUGUUCUGUCGGCUGCGUCCGGGCAUGCCCAUCCUGGCCCUGCAUGGGAAGCAACAGCAGAUGAAGAGGGUGGAGGUCUACAAUGACUUCAUCAAGAAGAAGAAUGCUGUGCUCUUCGCCACAGACAUUGCAGCCAGAGGCCUAGACUUCCCUGCCGUGAACUGGGUGUUGCAGUUUGACUGUCCAGAGGAUGCCAACACAUACAUCCACAGAGUGGGACGAACCGCCAGGUAUAAGGAGGGAGGAGAGGCUCUGCUUGUCCUGCUGCCCUCAGAAGAGAAGGACAUGGUAUCUCAGCUCCAGGAGAAGAAAGUCCCCAUCAACAGAAUUCAGGUGAACCCAGAGAAGCUGACGAGCGUGCAGCAGAAGCUGGAGGCUUUCCUGGCCCAGGAGAAGGAACAGAAGGAGCGAGCUCAGAGGUGUUUCGUCUCCUACCUGCGCUCCGUCUACCUCAUGAAAAACAAAGACGUCUUUGAUGUGUUCCAGCUCAAGCUCCAGGAGUAUGCAGCUUCUCUGGGCCUCGCUGUUGCUCCAAGGGUGCGUUUUCUCAACAAAGUCCAGAAGCAGAGAGCAGACCCUGGACAGAGUGGCGGGCUGGGAGAUGUGGCCCCGCAUGAGGAGGAGAAGGAACUAAAGAGCUUCAAGGCUCAGCUCAGAGGAGACGGGCUCAAGUCCGAAGCUCAAGAAUCCCAAAGCUCAGAUGAGGAAGAUGAUGAGGAGGAGGAUGAGGAAAAGGUACAGCCCGGUCCUAAGGGUCUCAUCUUCGGGGAAGAUGAAACCGAGGAGGAUGAAGAUAUGAGGGACUUGGACCUGCUCACAGUGAAGAGAAAAGAUGUCUUCAGUCUGGAGGAAGUUGACCAGGAUGAUGAGGAAACUGACAGUAACACCAUUAAGAAAACAGAAAAAGAGACCAAGUUCAAAGAGGCCAAGAAAGUCCUGAAGAGAAACUUCCAAGUCAACACCAAAUUAGUCUUCACUGAAGAGGGACAGAUGGUGCAGCAGUGGCCCCCGCUCCAGAGGACGGCCGUGCCAGCCACAGAGGGGGAGGAGGAUGACUGCACGUCGGGCAUCAAUGUGGAGGAGGCCAGAGAGAGGCUGCGCCGAGAGGACCAGGAGUUUGACAAGCUGGAGUACAGGCGUAAAGUCAAAGAGAAACACAGGGAGAAGAGACUGAAGGAAAACGCUGCCAGAAGAGAAGCCAGCAAGCAGUACGCUGAGGAGCAGAAGUCCGGUGAGGAGGAUGAAGAGGAGGUGGUAGCGUACCUGGGCGGUUCUGAUGGAGAAGAGUUUGACCCCAGCACACUGCCCGACCCGGACAAACUACACUACGACUCAGAGGAAGAAGAUGACCAGAUCAGCCCUGCUGCUGGGACGAGGAAGCGCAUCCACAGUGACCACAUCGAUGACUCGGGUGAAGAAGAAGAAGAAGAAGAAGAAGAAGAAGAAGAAGAGGAGGAGGCGGCAGCGGGGAGCAGGAAGAGACCCAGGCAACAAGCAACCGCCAAGCCCCUGGACACCGGCCUCUCUCUGGCCGAGGACGAAGCACUGGUCCUGCAUCUGCUGGGGAACCGGAGCUAGGGCUAACAAAUUACCCAACACUGUCUUAUGGCGGAUCCUCUCCAAUGUCUUGUCAUAAUUUGGGGAUGUUCCCCAAUAUUUUGGGAACAUAAAACAAAUAAAGUGUAUGUUAGUUACAAGUGACCUGUUAUUGUUUUACUGUGAUUACGUGUGCUUGUUUGGUACAUAAAAUGUAAUUCAACCAGAAAAACAAGUGCUUUAGCUAGUACCCAUCCACAUACUAUUUAUUUGUUUUUUUUAAAUGUCCUCAAGUGUUUAUUUGAAAUACAGUAAUUUGCUCUA